AUGAAGCCUAAUGAGAUGCAAGCGAAGCCUGCUCAGACAAAGCCUGGCCACCUGCCGCCACAUCUCAGAGGAGCCCGUCUCUUCCGACUCCUAGGAAGCAGGAAGCCUCCAGCCACACUAAACCCUGCUCUUCAGCUCGCUGGUCCCAUUGAUGUUUUGCAAGUGCUGGAGCUGUCAGAGAACAUGGAUGGGGUGUCCUUGGAGGCUGGUCUCUGCACCAGCAGGAGGGGCAUGGAGGAGCCGGACCGGGCCUACAAGAUGGACAAAAAGAUCCAGCUCAGUGCUCCAACCAAACAGCUUUUCCCUGAUUCAACCAUAUUUCCUGAGAAUUUCUCCAUAAUGGCUACAGUGCGAGCUAAAAAGGGCUCCCAGUUCUUCCUGUUUUCAGUUUAUGAUGACCAGGGGGUGCAGCAACUGGGCCUCGAAGUGGGCCGUUCACCCGUCUUCCUGUAUGAGGACCAGCAUGGACAACCCACCCCAGAAAUGUAUCCCAUCUUCAAAAAGAUCAACAUGGCUGAUGGAAAAUGGCACAGGAUAGCCUACAGCGUGCAGGACAAGUCUGUGACCCUUUACCUGGACUGUCAGCGGGAAGAGACCCUGGAUCUGCUGCGAGGGGACAACGCUGUAGUCAGCACAGAGGGGGUCACUGUGUUUGGGACGCGGCUGCUGGACGAAGAUGUAUUUGAGGGAGAUAUUCAGCAACUUCUGAUUCUGGAGGACCCGCAGGCUGCUGCUAACUACUGUGUAAACUACAUACCAGACUGUGACUCGGAUUUGCCCUACAACAGCAAAUCCCUGGUCCCGCAGGAGAACUCCCAACUCGGGUCUGAUUUCCUGAUGCAAAGUGACCAGCCUGAUGAACCAAAGGAGCACUCCAAAAAGGGCGGGAAAGGCAAAAAGAAGAGGGACAAGGGCGCUAAAGGCAAACGCAAAGGCAAGGGCAAGGGCAAGGGCAAGAAGGGAUCCAGAAAGAAAAAACACGAAGAGGAGGUUCUCCAGGAUGGCUUCCUCAGUGUGUCCACAACACUGCCUGAGUAUCUAUCCCAAGAACCUUAUCAGCCCACAGAUUUGUCAGAACUUAAGAGCACCCCAGAACCCGUCAUCCCCACUGAAGGGCUCCACAAGACCCUCAUGGAGAUGCCCACACAUGAACCUGACUCUCCAGCUGAGGCCCCCACUGUGGUCCCCAGCACCUUGCCUGAAUCAAAGGUUACUGAGGAGGUAGACAAGUUUACAUGUAGCUGCCUUCCACCCCAACCCCCCUCUGAGGACAAGCCAGUGAAGAAGCCAGUUAUAGAGGAGCAUGAGGAUGACCUUUACCGAGACCUCUAUGAUGAUCUCUCAGUUUCCACGGUAACAGCGGGCCCUAAUGUUACUGAAUAUGAGAUUCUUGAAUAUGAAGAUUACAAAAAUGACACAGAGUCAGAGUAUGAAGAGUACGAGGUUUACGAUGACGGCUUUAAAUUUGCAGAGCGGGAAAGAGCAGAGACGUGGGAUGGAGAGGUCAGCCUCAGAGCAGAGAAAGGCCAGAAGGGAGAGCCAGCUAUAAUUGAGCCGGGUACAUUAGCGGAAGGACCCCCAGGUCUACCAGGGCCACAGGGCCUCACUGGCCAAGCUGGACCAACAGGUCCUCCAGGACCAAGGGGAGAUCCUGGUGAAUUGGGUCCCACAGGACGUCCUGGUCUUGCUGGGGUUGAUGGGAUUCCAGGUCCUCCAGGAACACUGUUGAUGCUACCAUUCCAGUAUGGAGGUGAUUCCCAGAAGGGACCAGUGGUGUCUCCCCAAGAGGCGCAAGCACAGGCUAUACUGCAACAGACGCAGCUGUCACUGAAGGGACCUCCAGGUCCACUGGGUCUAACAGGGCGAUCGGGCCCAAUGGGAUUACCAGGUUCCACUGGGCUCAAAGGGGACAGCGGAGAAAGUGGCCCUCCCGGACCACAUGGGUUGCAAGGCCUUCAAGGAAUUAAUGGAAAGUUAGGAAAGAGGGGGCAUGCAGGAGUUGAUGGAGGUCGUGGAGCUCCAGGAGAAACAGGAUCUAAGGGUGACAGGGGUUUUGAUGGCUUGCCAGGUCUCCCAGGAGACAAGGGACACAGAGGGGACAGAGGAAAGCCGGGUCCUCAUGGGCCUGUUGGAGAGUCAGGAGAAAAGGGAUCUAAUGGACCUGUGGGGCCAAGAGGGCAACCAGGCGAACCCGGUUCUCGGGGUCUUGUUGGGCCAAGGGGUCCAGCUGGCCCACCUGGUCAGCCGGGUAUUGGUGGAACUGAUGGAGUACAAGGGUCAAAGGGCAACCAGGGUCCAGCUGGAGAGACAGGGCCCCCAGGUCAACAGGGAAAUCCAGGAGUCCAGGGCUUGUCUGGUCCUCAGGGUGCCAUUGGAUUGCCAGGAGAGAAGGGUCCCCAGGGGAAACAAGGCAUGCAGGGACUACCGGGCAUUGAUGGCCCAAACGGUCAUCCAGGAAGAGAGGGCCCCGCGGGAGAGAAAGGCAUCCAAGGUUUAUCAGGCGCUCAGGGGCCCGUUGGGUACCCAGGGACCCGUGGAGUCAAGGGAGGAGAAGGAGUUAGGGGUCUAAAGGGGAGCAAAGGAGAGAAGGGGGAAGAUGGCUUCCCUGGGUUCAAAGGUGACAUGGGCCUCAAGGGAGACAGGGGUGAUAACGGAGUUACUGGUGCUCAUGGAGAGGAUGGACCAGAGGGGCCAAAGGGCCAAACAGGACCGAUGGGAGAUUCAGGAGCUCUCGGGAUAGCUGGCGAGAAGGGUAAACUUGGCGUGCCUGGAUUGCCAGGGUACCCAGGAAGACAAGGUCCUAAGGGAUCACUUGGCUUCCCCGGUGGGGCCGGGGUCUCAGGAGAGAAAGGACGAAGGGGUCCAGCUGGUCAGCCGGGGCCCGGGGGCCAAAGAGGUCCUAAUGGAGCCCGGGGGGGAAGAGGAGCAAAGGGGCCCACUGGAAAGCCUGGAGAAAAGGGUUCUGCCGGACAAGACGGUACUCAAGGUUCCUCCGGAGAACAGGGCCCCCAAGGACCACAGGGACGAAACGGUGAACCAGGAACUAGAGGGCCCAAUGGUCCAGCUGGAAAAGAUGGAUUACCGGGGCAUCCAGGCCAGAGAGGGGAACCAGGAUUCCAAGGCAAAAACGGCCCCCCUGGCCCCUUAGGUGUUGUAGGACCACAGGGCAAAUCUGGUGAGACAGGACCAACUGGAGACAGAGGCCAUCCAGGAUCACCAGGACCACCCGGUGAGCAUGGUUUGCCGGGAUCUGCCGGAAAGGAGGGUGCCAAGGGAGACCCAGGUCCAUCAGGAGCCGCAGGGAAAAGUGGCCCCGCUGGGCUGCAUGGCUUCAGAGGGAGCAGAGGGACCGCUGGUGCGAUGGGUCCUGCAGGUCUGAAGGGGGGAGAGGGCCUACCUGGUGUAGCAGGACUUAUUGGUGCCACAGGAGAGAGGGGCCCUGCUGGGCCGGCAGGCGCUAUUGGCCAGCCAGGACGGUCCGGCGGCGUGGGUCCUGCUGGGCCGAUGGGAGAGAAAGGCGAGCCAGGAGAGAAGGGGCCUGUGGGGCCGGCCGGGCAUGACGGGGAACUGGGACCUGUUGGGCUGCCAGGGGCCGCAGGAUCUUCUGGGCCUCCAGGAGAGGACGGAGACAAGGGAGAAACAGGAGGACCAGGCCAGAAGGGCAGUAAAGGAGACAAAGGAGAAUCUGGACCCCCAGGACCUGUUGGAAUACAAGGACCGUUGGGCCAACCAGGACUGCCAGGAGCAGAUGGUGAGCCAGGUCCUCGUGGGCAGCAGGGCAUGAACGGGGCGAAAGGAGAUGAAGGACACAGAGGCUUUAAGGGAGCAUCUGGUCCUUCUGGACUGCAGGGAAUGCCGGGACCACCGGGGGAGAAGGGAGAGAAUGGACAUGUCGGCUCGAUGGGGCCUCCAGGACAACAUGGCCCACGAGGCCCUCAGGGGUCCACUGGUGGAGAGGGCCCACCUGGAAUGACUGGUGGAGUUGGUCAGCCUGGGAUUGUUGGAGAGAAGGGUGAGGAUGGAGAAGCUGGAAACCCUGGGUCAGUUGGAGAGCCUGGCAUUGCUGGUGGUAAAGGCGAUGUGGGGGAGAAAGGUGACUCUGGCCCUUCUGGUGCAGCAGGGCCUCCAGGACCAAGAGGAACACCAGGGGAGGACGGACCCAAAGGCAUCCUUGGCCCUAUUGGAUUCCCCGGAGAUUCAGGACCUCCUGGAGAAGCUGGCGUCAAUGGAGUAGAUGGUGGACCGGGGCCUAAAGGGGACAAUGGAGAAUCUGGCAAAGCAGGACCUGCAGGAGCCUCUGGAGAGCCAGGUCCUUCAGGACCUCCUGGACGGAGGGGUCAUAUAGGUGCUGCAGGAAAAGAAGGGAAGCAAGGCAUGAAGGGAACCAAGGGGUCGACAGGGACCCAUGGUCCAGUGGGGAAGACAGGCCCAGUGGGACCCCAAGGGCAGCCAGGGAGGUCUGGCCCGGAAGGUCUUCGGGUCCCAGGUUCAGCGGGUGAACAAGGGUUAAAUGGGCCACCAGGACAAACUGGACCACCAGGACCAAUAGGGCCACCAGGACUUCCAGGAUUAAAAGGAGACCCUGGAAACAAGGGAGACAAAGGUCAUGGUGGGUUGAUCGGUCUAAUUGGCCCCCCAGGAGAACCUGGCGAGAAGGGAGACAGAGGCCUUCCUGGGAUCCAGGGAACAAGAGGGUCUAAAGGAGAUGAGGGUACGUCCGGCACACAUGGUCCCACUGGCCCACUGGGACCACCUGGACUGUCAGGUACAGCUGGCGAGAAGGGAUCGAAGGGAGAAACAGGUAUCGUCGGUCCCAGAGGAGAUCCAGGCCUUGCUGGACCCCCAGGGCCCCCAGGACCCCCUGCAACAAUGAUUGAGCCUCUGCCUAUCCGAGAGCGCAGGCGGAAGAGACGAAGGCACUCCGAUCAGACAGGAGGAGAAGCCCCAUUCAGGGAGGAGGAUGUGGAUCUGGAUGAGUUCCUCCAGGGAGAUCAGCCUCUGGAGGAGGCCGAGGGAAUGGAAGAAGUCUUUGCCACCCUAUCUUCCAUGAAAACAGAAGUCGAGGUGAUGAGGAGGCCGUUGGGAUCCUUUGAAAGCCCCGCCCGGACGUGCAAAGAGCUCAUGAUGGUCCAACCGGACUACAAAGAUGGAGACUACUGGAUUGAUCCUAACCAGGGCUGUCACAGAGACUCCAUUAAGGUCUACUGUAACUUUACAGCUGAUGGAGAGACAUGUCUCUACCCUGACAAGAGGAUUGAGAAUGUGAAAUUAGCACCGUGGAACAAAGAGAAGCCAGGAAGCUGGUACAGCCAAUACAGGAAAGGCAAGCAGUUCUCCUACAGUGACAGGGAUGGGAACCCUGUGCAUGUAGUUCAGCUGACCUUCCUGAAACUACUGAGUGCCACGGCCAAGCAGAGCUUCACCUACACCUGCCAGAACUCGGCAGGCUGGUUUGACAGCACUUCUCGUUCCUAUCAGCGUGCCCUCCGCUUUCGGGGCAGCAAUGACGAGGAGCUGACACAAGCCAAAAGCCCCUUCAUCAACGCAGUGCAUGAUGGAUGCCAGUUCCGCAAAGGUCAGGAAAGGACUGAACUAGAGAUUGACUCUCCCUCGGCAGAGCUGCUCCCUAUUAUAGAUGUGGCUCCAGCAGACUUUGGCAGCAGCAACCAGAAGUUUGGAUUCCAAGUUGGACGAGUAUGCUUCAACGGUUAACACCUUGCCAACAACAAACAAGCAAAAAAAAGAGACCUGCACAAAGUUUUCACUAAAAGAAACUGGACUUUGACCACUGCCCCAAGCAAUAUUUAUUAUAUCAUGUUCUUGUAUUCGGUGGGUUUCGGGUACAUCAUUUAAGACUCUUCAACAGCCAAUGAGAUUGGUUCUAUGGCUUUACAACAAUAAGAGGAAUGACGAGAAAGAGGACGUGUACCAGUGGGAACAAAGCACAUUUACCAAAGGGAAAUAUUCCAAUUAAAUAUGUUUAAUUUUAAGUGUUUUUGUUUUCUUUUUCUCUCACUGUUUGAGCGUUCUGUAAAUGAUCCUCUGGAAUAAUGAGGACUGCACCACUUGACAAUGACCACUUAUAAACAAGACAGAUCUGUCUGAUCCCGGAGAGGAGCAGUCUGUCAUUCUGUAGUAUGGGUCCAUUAAAUGGGACUUUUAAGACCUUGGAUGAACUAGUUGCUGCUUAAUGUUAAACAAAGACUGCGGCUGAAUAAAUCAAAAACCUUGUCAUACUCAUUUGCAUGCUCAGAUUUCACUAUAAUGACAAUUGCAUAGCAGUUGUGAACUAGCCUAGCAUAUUAAUUCCACACAAGCACCAUAAUUAAUUUCCAGUGUGCUGGAAUGAUAUA